GAAACUCCAGUGACAGGUCGCAAAGCUGAUGUCAUAAAAGCCGCUCACCUCUGUGCCGAAGCUGCCCUGCGCUUGGUCAAGCCAGGAAACCAGAAUUCACAAGUAACAGAUGCCUGGAACAAGAUUGCUCAUUCGUUUAACUGCACGCCAAUAGAAGGCAUGCUAUCACACCAGCUAAAACAGCAUGUGAUAGAUGGAGAGAAGACCAUCAUCCAGAAUCCUUCAGACCAACAAAGAAAGGACCAUGAAAAAGCAGAGUUUGAGGUUCAUGAAGUUUAUGCCAUUGAUGUUCUUAUCAGCACUGGAGAAGGAAAAGCCAAGGAUGCUGGGCAAAGAACCACCAUUUACAAAAGGGAUCCUUCCAAACAAUAUGGUUUGAAAAUGAAAACUUCCCGUGCCUUUUUUAGUGAGGUGGAGAGACGAUUUGAUGCUAUGCCUUUCACUCUCAGGGCGUUUGAGGAUGAAAGGAAGGCCAGGAUGGGGGUAGUAGAAUGUGCCAAACAUGAGCUGCUCCAGCCCUUUAAUGUCCUCUAUGAGAAAGAAGGUGAAUACACGCUGCUGAAU